GACUAUGAAUUCCAAAACCCAAAACCAUGUAAACCAAAGGCGUAGAGAGAUGUUAACUGAAAAUUGAAUGAGAAACAAUGGCAGACAACGCACAGAAGUACGUAUGGGAAGGAGCGAUUCCUCUGCAGAUUCAUCUUCACGAAUCGGAUGUCACCACUCUCCCUCCUCCUCCUUCUGCCCUGAUAUUAGCCCCUCGAAUUGGUUAUCUGCCUCUGUUAGCUCCUCUUAUAAAGCCUCAUUUCAGCAGUGCUCUUCCCCCUGCGGUGGAUUCCAUUUGGUUUGAGUACAAAGGAUUGCCUUUAAAAUGGUAUAUACCAACAGGAGUUCUUUUUGAUCUUCUAUGUGCAGAACCAGAAAGACCUUGGAACAUAACGGUGCACUUUAGAGGGUUUCCGGGAAAUAUAUUGGUUCCAUGUGAAGGUGAAGAAUCUAUAAAAUGGAGCUUUAUUAAUUCAUUGAAAGAGGCAGCAUAUAUAAUAAAUGGAAAUUGCAAGAAUGUGAUGAACAUGUCCCAAUCUGAUCAAAAGGAGCUCUGGCACUCUGUCAUGAAUGGUUGUGGGUUUGUCCUCUUACUCUGAAGGUUUCUUUUCUGCUCAUCUGAGGGUAGGAUGAAGAGGAAGAAAGUUAAGGUACGGUGUGGUGCUUUUUUUUAGCUGGGUUUUAGGUUCUCUAGUUGGAAUGUAAUACCAAGAUCUUCAGUCACUGUGUUCAGCAUCCUCUUCAUAUUUGAGAUAGGUUGGUGUUUCAGUUGCUUAGUGGGCUAAACAACAUGGGUUUUAGGGAUAUGCCUAGAUAGUUUUAG